CAUUCCUACAUUGCUGUACUGAUGCUCAGGCGUUGCUCCACGUGGCUGCAGGCCACGUGGCUGGCUCAGGUCCUGCCACUGGGCCAGAACAUCCAGUUCCACCAGCUCAUGAGUGUGGGAGUUGGGCUGUCCCUCGUGAACAACGUGGCCCAUGUUGUGAACUUCAGCGAGUGGCCUGGGGGAGUCCUCCAGGCUCAGGCGGAGGUCAGCCCCGUCCAGUUCUGGGAGCUGCUGCUCACCAAGGGGCCUGGCUUUGGCUGGCUGCGCGGCUCGUCCCCGAGGGGCGUCGCUCUGCUCGCUUGCUCCAGCUCCUGCGUCUGCACGAGCGGCCACUAGGAGUUUACCCCUCCUCCUUCCCCACGGGUGUCCUAUUGGACCCACCCGUCCUACCUCCCCAUGUGGCUCCUGCUCAUCUUGCAUGGGCCCAACUUCUGGAAGUGGCUGCUGGUCCCUGGCACCUUGUUCUUUCUGGAGAAGGCCAUCAGGCUGCCAGUGUCCCACAUGGCAGCCCUGUGCAUCAUGGAGGUCAAUCUCCUCCCCUCCAAGGUACAAGGGGAACCCUCCCCAUCUCACCCUGAGGAGCAGGUGGCAGGGUGGAACACCAUCUGGCUACACAUCCGGUCCCAAGGCCAGUGGAUAAACAGGUUGUAUGACUCCUUCAAGGCAUCAGACCCUUGUUCAUUCAUCCCGAGGGUGUCCCAGGAAUGGGACGACUGUCUCAAACACAACCGCGUGGGAGCCACACUGGGCAUCCUCCGCAGGCCCUUUUUCUUCUCCCUCCCACCGUGGUGUCGCCUCCUGUCUCCUCUCAUCCCUCUCCGGGGUAGGGUGACUCCAGGGGCGGGCUGCUUCCUGGAGCUGCACAUGUACAUGCCAUCUUCACUGGGCAAGAAUGACAUGAAGGCUAUUGGCCUGCAGAUGGCCCAUGAUCUCCUGGCCAAGAAGAAGGACUUGAUCACAGGGCUUCAGAUGAGCACCCAGCCUGGGCAGCCUGACUGGAGCAGGGUGUUCCAGAAAGUGGCCACGGAGGAGGGCAAGGUGUAGCUCUUCUGCGGCUCCCCAGCUCCGGUUGAGGUGCUGCGGGGCCACUACUAGCUGUUCAGCUUCAGAUCCUUCCAAGAGAACUUCUAG